AAGUCCUUUAUUUGAUCAUGCAAAGUAGGUUAUCUGAAGGUCAAGCAGAGGGGAUAACUCAAAAUACUUGGAAGGUAGAAGCCAUCAGCUAAGAACUACACAUGGACAAAGGGGCUACUCUUGAAGCUGGAGAGGGCAGAAAUACUGUUGAACUCGUGAAAUCAGCCUCUGAAAAACAUCUUGACCUUUUGAGGCCAUCAGCUCGAUAUUAUUCAGUGUCGAAAGGGCAAGCAGGUGAUGCAGAAGACCGUGAGAAGGGAAAGUAUACCUUGAUUAGAGAUGUAGAGGACCUUCAAACAGGGUUCUAUGAUAAACCUCUUCCUUGCUUUGGUUGCGGAGUCGGAUGGUUUUCAUUUCUACUGGGAUUUCUAUGCCCGUUGAUGUGGUAUUAUGCCACGAUACUUUAUUUUGGAAACUACUACCGUAAGGAUCCUCGAGAACGUGCCGGGCUUGCUGCAUCUGCUAUUGCUGCAAUGGUGUGUUCUGUUGUCUUGCUUAUUAUAGCAGCAACUCUCUUCUUGUAGCUUCUGCGAUGCAAAGUUUCAUACUAGCCAUAGCUAUUAUGAUCAAUGUUGUUACUUGUUCUGUAGUCAAGUCAAAAGCCAUUUUCGGGUUCAAACUCUCCAAUUGUAAAUGUUCUUACGAAGAAAAAAGAAAAAUCUUAUACAGAACUA